CGGCGCUCGCAACUCAAAACCGCGGCAGGAUUAGCGGCAUCAUCGUGCCGCUGACGUCCUAUGAAUCGUAAGAUCGGCUUUGACAAUCGGCUGUGCUACCAGCGCGAAGUGGCACGAUGUCAAAAGAUUCACCAGGACAAGCUGCGGCACAUCCAACCCACGUCGCUGUCCCCGGCCAAGGGCAAGCUGGACAACACGACGCCGCAAGUUCACACGCACUUGAAAACAAACUUCAAAAAGGCACAGAUGGAUUCGGACAAGUACAAACAGAUCUACGGCGAGAACCAGCAGCUGAUGCGAAAGAUGCUCAAGAUCUGCGACACUUCGCCGUCGGACGCUGCCGUCGAGUUUCAACCGGGCAUGCGGCUCAACACGGACCAGACGCCGAUUCUCGACUCGUUCGUGUCGGUGCAGUCCCUCGCCCGGGGCUGUGCUAUCGACAAGGGUAGCAUGAAUGGCGAGUACCGGCAGCGACAGAACGACAAAAUCGAAGACGAAAACCGAAAACUCAUGCAACGACUCAUGACCAAAAAGUCGUGCUACAGCGCUCGCAAGUGGGAUGCCGAGUACAAACAAUCGGUGGGCAAGUUUAAACACGUGCAUCAAGACGCGACGGUGGGAUACCUGUCGCCAAAGUCGCGAGCGGCUACGGCGGCGUUUGCUCCGUAUGGUGUGGCCACCACAUUGCCCAGCCUGGCGACGAGUCUUCGAUUCGAGUCGGAAGGGGAGACGAAGGAGGAUGGCGGCGGUGGUGUUGUGCUGUCACCGUCUCCGCCGUCCCAUGGAAGGUCUACUGAACGAGAUCAACGAGCCAAUUCCACUGCGGGAUGUUCCCAGCGAUCCUCGGCCUUCAUUCGUCAAGCCAGCAAGUCGCAAGUACCCAUCCGAAAGCAAACGUAUCGAACCAAGUGUGUGCCGGUGUUGUUGCUGGAAGCCACCACGUCCAUGGGAGUUCAUUUUACCGUGGAAGAAUUGCAAGUGGCCAUGGUGACGCCCUCCGCCACUCAAUUGGGCGACCAAGGGUUUCUUCUACGAGCAAACAAGGACGAUUACGACGGCGAAGCCGUGGUGCCGUUGAAUGGUCUGGUGGACAUUGCCCAAUCCUUGGCUCCCGUCGAUGGCCGCCCCAUCUUGGCCAAACUGGCCACGAUCCAAGUUGUCCCGGACGUCGGGAACUUCCCGCGGGUGUCGCAAACUUUGGAUGAAACCGAUUUGAAACUCCUGCUUGUCAAACUCGUGCAAUGCAUUCGCGUGAGCAGUGGCCAUACCGGUAGUUCGUCCGACUCGUCGCUCAAGCUGACCGUGGAGCACAUCCCCCACCUCCCACGGGACCUGCAUCCUGCGAAACCGGCGGCGAACAGUUCGAUCUUGGACUUAUUUGUGCAAGGCGCGGUGCCGUCCCGCCUCGUCCUUCGCGGCAAGAGUUCGUUACACCUGUGCCACGUCCGGGUGUUCCAACUGCGCCGUCUGCUGACCUUCCACGCGUUCGACAUGCGGAGCCACAGUGUCGUCAACUUUCAGUUCACUGAAGAAGAUUUGCUGCCCCACUUUCAUACGUCGUUGGUGUGGACCGAUAUUUACCGGGCGUUGUUCAAAUUGGCCAUGAAACGAAUUCGAAUUUAACAUGCGGUUGUCCUUCCAUAGUCAUCAUGUCCACGUUGUGUACAACAAUAGUGCACUUGAAGGUAGCGCGACACCAUCUAAAGGGCUAACGUUAUUAUUACAAGUAAAUAUAACCCUCCAAAG